AUGAUAUUCAUUCUUUUCAUUUUAAAUUUCAUUAACUCUAUAGAUUCUGAACGAUAUGGUAGUGAAGACUUAUGCCCAGAUUUAACAGUUCCUUUAAAAACUUCCUCAGGAAAUCCAUCUUUAUGUUACGCAGAUUCUGAUUGUCCAGAUGGUUAUAAGUGCACAACAACAACAUUGACUCAUUUCGAAAAAGUUUUGAAAUAUUGUUGCCAGACCAGAGAAUCUAUAUGCUCACUUCCCCCCAAUCCCGGUUAUGGCGAUUGCUUCAAUCAACCGAAAAUCAGAUAUUUUUUUGAUACGACAGAACUGAAGUGCAAAGCUUUCAAAAAUCUCGAAUGCUUGGGAGGAAAUCAAAACAAAUUCGAUUCUGUCCAGGAGUGCACGAAAUUUUGUCAAAGCACAGCUUGCAAUGCAGGUGAGACACUCCUCUUAUCUCCUUCAAACAACCCAGUCAUUUGUGCGAGUUCGAAUGUUUGCCCAGAUGGUCAUAGAUGUGUUUACGACCAACUUUUCCGAAGACACGUUUGUUGUGGGAUGACGAGACAGGAUGUCUGCCCACAUUCAACUCUAUCGUUUGCGGCUUCACCUUCCUUCAAGCCUCUGAAAUGUGAGCAUUCCACAAUAGGUGACGCGUGUCCCCAAGAUUUUGUUUGUACUGGAAGUACAAAGGCAGGAUUUUGCUGUACGCCUCAAUAUGGUCAAUGUUCUCUAGGGCAGUCUCCUUAUAUUCAUCCAAUAACUAAAAGAUCCAUGAAAUGUGAUCCUCUCCGUUUAGUUUCGGAAUGUCCGCUUGAAUACCAUUGCUCUUCUGCCGUUCCCGGAGCUUAUUGGGGAUUCUGUUGUAGUAAUAAGAUAACAGCGCAAUGUCCCGAGGGUAGUACGCCUUUCUUAGAUCAAAUGAAACGUGAACCCGUUAAGUGUACAGUAGGAGUUACUGUUUGCAGUAUUGGUUACACAUGUCAGAGCACCAAUAGGAAUAUCAUUGGAUUUUGUUGUUCUAAGAAUUUAAAACAUCGUUUUGCUCAUGCGCCCGCAGUAACAGAAUUUUACGGGAAAAUAAUUGAUGGUGGACAGAGUUCAAAAGAGAAAAGUGAUUAUCACAAAAAAGAUGUGGAUGAUUUGAAGUCAGAAUUGAAGAUGAAUACCGGGAAAAACAUGAAAUUCAUUACCAGUUACAGUGCGAUGCUAAACAACCUCAAGUGUCCUGCAAGUUCUAGAAUAGUCUUCUACGAGGGAACUCAAUUGGUUCGGGAAUGUACUCCAGUUCCCGGCCUGAACAACUUGUGUCCUAGCGAAGCAGAAUGUGUUGCAGCUGAUGGAGACGUACAUAGAAGAUCGGUUUGUUGCAUUUUGACUCCCACAACAACAUUUAAGCCGAGGAUAUCAGUGACGACGCCAAAAGUAACAAGAUCGUUCAUAUACAUGGUCACUGCUAAAACGAUACCGUUCAAAAUGGAGAGAUCUUCUGAUCCAUUCUGUCCGACGGUUAUUUCUAGAAAAUCGUGCAAACUGGGUAGAAAGACAAACGAUUGUCCAGAGGCAGGGUUCUUCUGCCAAUAUAAUAUUGAGCUGAGAGAGUUUAAAUGUUGCUCCAUGGAGUAUAACGAGAUCCAAGUUUUCCUAUUCCCAUGUUUGAUAUCUUUCCUUACAGCCUUACCGUCGACAGUUUUCAUUGGAAUAAUGAAGGUGCAACCAUCAAUGUCGCGAUCAAACUCCAUUCCAUCCCGAACCAAUUCAUUUCGAGAAGAGAAAGAAGAAAAACCUACUCCGUGGAUUUCUAUCUAUAGUUGUGGAAUCUGUUCAUUCAUUCAAGCUGCACAGUUCACAGUAUAUUUCAGUUCAAUGUGGCCAUACUUGUUACAACUUGAUCCAAAAACAACUGAAUCUAUGUAUGGAUGGGCAAUCACGUUUUAUAGUUUAGCUCAAUGUAUAUCUGCUCCAUCAUUUGGGUACUGGAGCAACAGAAUAGAACAAGUUCGGAUCCCAAUCAUGGUUGGGUUCAGUUGCAUGAUUUUUGGGAACAUCCUUUAUUUGACACUAGAUGCUUUACCAAGUCAUUUAGCCAUUUAUGGUAUGAUCAUAGCAAGAUUUGCUACAGGAGCUGGUACAGGAAAUGCGACUCUGCUGCGAACUUAUGUCGGGAGUGCCUCAACUACAGCGGACAGAUUUCGAGCAAUCGCAUGUGUUUCAGCUGGAUUGACAGUAGGCACAAUGAUAGGCCCAGCUUUUCAACUUCUUUUCACUCCACUUGGUGAAAAAGGUUUCGAUCUUGUACUGUUUCGUGUGAAUAUGUUCACUGGACCAGCCAUUCUCUCAUUGGUGUUGAACCUCGUAGGUUUCAUUUUGAUGAAAUUUUUCUUCGAAGAGCAUAUCCCUGAUUAUGCUGCAGUGGCUGAGGAGAAUGGAGGAAAGAUACGUCCCGAUAUGAUUGCCAUUGGUACAUGUGUUUUCACACGCUUCACUCAAAUAUUCGUUCAGACUACUGUUGAAACUAUCAACUCUCCCUACUCUAUUCUCAUGUUCGGAUUUUCAAAAUCUGAAAGUGUCAAAUACAAUUCCUUGGUUCACGGAAUAGCUGGAUUCUCAGGAGCUUCAUUGUUUUUCUUCUUCAUUAUCACAAACUAUGGAAAAUCUAUGAAUCAUCGACUCACCUCUCUACUUCUGCAGUUUUUGUUUGUUAUUAUGUUUUUCUUUACGUUCUCUUGGCCGUUCCUUCCGGAAUCAGUACCAGUGAAACUUCCUGGAUUUGAUUUUGGAUGCGAUGCUGAAAGAUUCACAUGGUGCGACACUCUCAAAGCUACGAAUCCCUGGUUGUAUUACGGGUGUUAUAUAGUAAUAUUCGGAAUAGCCUUCUCUAUUUUAAAUGUAUCAACAACUACACUUUACUCGGAAAUCAUAGGACCGAAAAAACAAGGUACAUUGCAAGGAGUCUAUCAGAUGGCUGGAAGUGUUGGAAGACUUGUAGCUCCAUUAGCUAUGAGUGGAUUAUACUCACUUAAUGGACCGAACUCGGUCUGGAUCGCCGUCAUUAUCGAAUCUCUUUUCACAGCUUUUAUUUGGAUUAUAUUUUAUGGGAGAAUGGUUGCUUAUAAACCGAAAAUCGAAGCAACGAAUGCUUGA